AUGUGGUUUGUUCCCGUGGGUGAGAGCGCUGGGGCCGAUGGUGGUGAUGAAGCCGCCGAUGAAGAUCCUCAGCAGUUGACUGCCCAGGACGAGCCAUGGCCUGCCGAUGAUCCCAGUCACCAGGCGGAGCCGUGGAAAGCUUCCGAUGAUGACGGCCCCGAUGAGGAGCAGUGGAAAGCUGCCGAUGAUGAAGGCUCCUAUGAGGAGCAGUGGGAAGCUGCCGAUGAUGAAGGCCUCGAUCACGAUGAGGAGCAGUGGAAAGCUGCCGAUGAUGAAGGCCCCAAUCACACCGACAUUUACCCCACGUGGCCAAGGGCCCCGAUCACAAACGUGACCCAGGAGUAUCCUACGAAGGCCGACCGAGAGCGUCUCGAUGUUUGGUGGUCCAAGUACAAGACAAACCCAGCCCAGGACAUGGCACUCUGGCUCGACGCAGCCACCGAUGAGGAGUGCCCGAAGAUCCCGGCCAAGACUGCCAAUGAUGAGGCAGGCGGAGAGGAGAGGCUGGACAAGGGCAUGCGUUUCGCGGAGCGACAGCACAGGUGGAACAACAGUGAGGAGAGAAAGCAGGUGCUGCAGGGAAUGGACAUCAAUGAGAUGAAGCGUCGCGAUCCGAAACGCCAAAAGGUCAAGGAUGCCAACCGGUUGGCUAGACGGGUUGCAUAUUUGCGGAUCGAAUAUCAACACCGAUCUGGGUCCUACUACAUCCUCGAAAAUCCCACUGGCUCCAUGCUGUUCGAGUAUCCGUGCAUAAAGGCGAGAUUGCGAGCCCACAAUGCCAAAUCCAUAAACCUUUGCCUCGGAGCCGUGGGAGCUCCGUCGAGAAAGUGUGUUACGCUAUGGGGCACUGCGCCGUUUCUGAACAAGCUCUACGAACAACUGUCCGGCACAAGGAGGAACCAGCUGCGUCGUAUCCAAUCCUUCCUCAAGAUGGACAUAAGCCGUGGAUAUGUCGAUGAGCGCGGCCGUGCUCGCCGAGUCGCUGAUCUACUGGAUGAACAUUUCAAGACCCUGAAGCCAACACCUGUUGUCAACGAGCUGGAUAUGGAGCUUAUGGACAGCAGUGAUACUUCAAGCUCCGAUUCUGGCCUCGAGGACCUGGUCGGCCCACAGUGA